AUCUAGUGGAUCUAGUAGUGUGGUAGGCUGGCCGGGGUUUACCUGAUCUACCUGAAGCCUCCGUCAUUGGUGCAGGCUGUUGAAGUACUUGGGUCAAGCAGGUACUUUACCUACUCGCCUCAUAACCUAGGCUAAGUGACCUACCUAACCUUGGAAGCUAGGUACCUACCUAGGUAGACAUACCUAGCCAGGAAAGUGGUAGGUCAUGCAUGUAGUGUGUAAGUAUAGGUAAUACGGCAGUAGUACUUCACAAUUUUCUACUCGUGCUUCCCUUCCCAUCUUCGUCUCGCCUCUCCUCCAAAUCUCUUUACCUACUCCUCCCUAAUAAACCCUCACCACCGAAAAAGACUUACUCCGCCACUCCUUUGUCUCGCAAGAGAACGAGCUGAGAUGAAGCUCUAAGUGGCCGGUGUACUCUUUGCAUAUUGCUGUCUGCUUUCUGUUCCUCGGGUUGAUUAUCAGUCAUAAUACUUAGUACUACCUAGUGCUGCUACUAGCAUUAUUAUCACCACCGCUCCCACCACUCCCACCACUCCCACGUAUCCCGCCUAACUCCUCCAAAACCGCCUGAUCGAAACAUUAGCCUGGAGCCAUGCUACGAUCUUCGUUGCGAGUCUCGGGCGCUCAGCUGUUAAAGGCUGGCGCCCGGUCCACCACCACGAGAUGCGCCUCGAGAACCCCCCGAUCCACGUCCAUCGCUGCCGCUCGUCGCCCCCUCGCCCUCACAUCCCAGACCAGAUAUGCCUCAACCCAGGCGCCCUCGCCAAACGAUAACUUCCUGUCGGGAAGCACCGCCAACUAUAUCGACGAGAUGUACUUGCAGUGGAAGCACGACCCCGAGAGCGUCCAUGUGUCAUGGCAGGUUUACUUCAAGAACAUGGAGUCUGGCGAUAUGCCCAUCGAGCAGGCUUUCCAGCCCCCUCCUACUCUGGUGGCGCAUGCCGCUGGUGGUGUCGUUCCUACCCUCGGCCAGUCCGGCCACGGCGCUGAUGUCACAAAUCAUCUCAAGGUACAGCUGUUGGUGCGUGCCUACCAGGCUCGAGGCCACCACAAGGCCGAUAUUGACCCCCUCCGCAUUCGUAGUGGGCAGGACGGCUUCGCCAGCGUGAAGCCUAAGGAGCUGACUCUGGAGCAUUAUCAAUUUACCGAGAAGGAUUUAGACCAGGAGUUCAGCUUGGGUCCUGGCAUUCUUCCUCGAUUUAAACGAGAGGGACGAGAUAAGAUGACGCUGCGCGAAAUCAUUGCGACUUGCGAGAAAAUCUAUUGCGGUUCAUUUGGUGUCGAGUUCAUUCACAUCCCUGACCGGGCCAAAUGCGAUUGGUUACGAGAGCGCAUUGAGGUCCCUCAACCCUUCAAAUACACUUUUGACGAGAAGCGCCGGAUUCUUGACCGUCUUAUUUGGAGCUCAAGCUUCGAGUCCUUCUUGGCUACCAAAUACCCUAACGAUAAGCGCUUUGGUUUAGAAGGCUGCGAAACCCUAGUACCCGGAAUGAAAGCCCUCAUUGACCGCAGUGUUGACUAUGGUGUCAAGGAUAUUGUCAUCGGUAUGCCUCACCGUGGCCGUCUCAAUGUUUUGAGUAACGUCGUGCGAAAGCCCAAUGCGUCCAUCUUCAGUGAAUUUGCCGGUACGGCUGCUGCCGAAGAUGAGGGAUCAGGAGACGUCAAGUACCAUCUUGGCAUGAAUUUCGAACGCCCUACACCAUCUGGAAAGCGAGUUCAGCUUUCUCUCGUUGCCAAUCCCUCGCAUCUGGAGGCUGAGGAUCCCGUUGUGCUCGGCAAAACGCGUGCUAUUCAACACUACAACAAUGACGAGAAGACGCACCGAUCCGCGAUGUGCAUAACGAUCCACGGUGACGCCGCUUUCGCUGCGCAGGGCAUUGUCUACGAAUGUAUGGGUUUCCAUUCAUUACCUGCCUUCUCGACUGGCGGGACUGUCCACUUGGUCGUAAACAAUCAGAUCGGUUUCACCACUGACCCCCGAUUCGCUCGUUCUACUGCCUACUGUACAGAUAUCGCCAAAGCUAUUGAUGCCCCUGUCUUCCAUGUUAACGCCGACGACGCGGAGGCUGUCAACUUCGUUUGCCAACUUGCCGCAGACUGGCGCGCUGAAUUCCAGUCUGAUGUCGUCAUCGACUUGGUUUGCUACCGAAAGCAUGGCCACAACGAGACUGACCAGCCCUCCUUUACUCAACCCCUCAUGUACAAACGUAUCGCUGCCAAGGAGCCUCAGAUCAAAAUCUACAUUGAUCAGCUUUUGAAAGACGGAGCUUUCACUAAGGAGGAUAUAGAAGAGCACAAACAAUGGGUUUGGGGAAUGUUAGAGGACAGUUUCGCUAAAAGCAAGGAUUACCAGCCUAGCUCCAAGGAGUGGACUACUUCAGCAUGGCACGGAUUCAAAUCGCCGAAGGAAUUAGCGACAGAGGUCUUGCCUCAUAUGCCCACCAAUGUUGAUAGGAAGACCCUAGAUCAUAUUGGCGAAGUCAUUGGCUCCGCUCCUGAGGACUUCAAUCUCCACCGCAACCUAAAGCGUAUCCUUGGUAACAGGACCAAAUCGGUUGUUGAAGGCAAGAAUAUCGACUGGUCAACUGCUGAGGCUUUGGCCUUCGGCUCCUUGGUCACUGAGGGACACCACGUUCGAAUUUCCGGCCAGGAUGUUGAGCGUGGUACGUUCUCGCAACGUCACGCGGUAUUCCACGACCAGGAGAAUGAAGCCACCUACACGCCUCUCCAGCACGUUAGCAAAGACCAAGGAAAAUUCGUCAUCUCCAACUCGUCACUCAGCGAGUUCGGCGCGCUUGGUUUCGAGUACGGCUAUUCACUGUCCUCGCCUAACGCCCUCGUAAUGUGGGAGGCCCAGUUUGGUGAUUUUGCCAACAACGCGCAAUGUAUUAUUGACCAAUUCAUCUCCUCUGGUGAAGCCAAGUGGAUGCAGCGAACUGGUCUCGUUAUGUCUCUACCACACGGUUACGACGGUCAAGGUCCCGAGCAUUCUUCGGCCCGUAUGGAACGCUACCUCCAGCUUUGUAACGAGGACCCUCGGAUUUUCCCGGAGCCGGAGAAGCUUGAGCGCCAGCACCAAGACUGCAACAUGCAGAUUGUUUACAUGACCACGCCCGCUAAUCUGUUCCACGUCCUGCGUCGACAGAUGCACAGGCAGUUCCGCAAGCCUCUGAUUAUGUUCUUCUCAAAAUCCUUGCUCCGUCAUCCUGUGGCUCGUUCUGACAUCGAAGAUUUCUCCGGGCCCGAUGCCCACUUUCAGUGGAUCAUUCCUGACCCUGCCCACGAGGCUGGCGCUCUCAAGUCUCACGAUGAGGUCGACCGUGUCAUUCUCUGCUCUGGCCAGGUCUACGCCGCCUUACAUAAGCACCGUGCUGAUAACAACAUCGACAACGUUGCCAUCACUCGCAUUGAACAGCUUCACCCCUUCCCAUGGGAACAACUAAGGGAAAACCUAGAUCAGUACAAGAACGCGAAGACGAUUGUCUGGUGCCAAGAAGAACCCUUGAACGCGGGCGCUUGGAGCUUCACACAACCGCGUAUCGAGACUCUCCUCAACCAGACUGAGCACCACGACCGUAAGCACGUCAUGUACGCCGGCCGUAACCCAUCAGCCUCGACAGCUACGGGUCAGAAGAAGUCUCACCAGAAGGAGGAGCAAGAACUCCUUGAGAUGGCUUUCUCGGUUACACAAGAUAAGCUCAAGGGCGAAUAAAUUAAAGCAUAAGUCGAAGCAGGAAAGGGGGCGGAUUUUUAAAGGUGUUCUAAUGCAUUAAGUGAUUGUACUCUUGGGGAUUGCAAUUGCGGGUUUUUGUAUUUUAUCACAGACAACAAUAACAAAAUGUACAACGCGGCCUCUUACCAUCUGUCGAUGAUAAUAGAUGAGGCAAGAAAGAAAGAUAGAAAAAAUCUGUUGAAAUGAUUCUUGAAAGUCUUACAUGAGACUAUGCAUCUGAUUCCGAAAUGAGUAUUAUGCACUUUGCCUAGUUAUUGAUAUUGCGGGUGAUAGGCUCGUAGUGUCGGGUAUCUUGUUUCGGUCUCGUGGGAAGUGUAAUAGUUGUUGCGGGAGGGUUUGUUUGACUUUUCUAUCUACCUACCUAUCUAUCUACCUGAGUGCCGAAAUGCCUAGUCUAGGUGCCUGCCUACUUUCUUGGAGUUUGGAAAGCUGCAAUUGAGGAAACGGAAAAAAAAAGUAAU